AUGGCUAGCAGAAAAUCCUCCUUUAAACUUCUUUUGCCUGUCUUCCUUCUUUUGUUAACCGCAUACUCUACCUUCCCUGAAGCCAAGUUGGCCAACUCUGGUGUUAAGGGUUUUAGGGUGGCUUGUAAUGAGGAGGAAAGAGCAGCCCUCCUUAAAUUCAGGCAAGGCCUUAAAGAUCCUUAUGGUCGGCUUUCGUCUUGGGUUGGGGAAGACUGCUGCAAUUGGACAGGCAUAGGGUGCAGCAACCAAAUAGGCAAUGUCCUCAAGCUUGAUCUUAGCAACCCAAAUUACUAUGUCGAAAAACCUACAGCAGCAACUGGUUAUAUGCGGGCAUGCUUAGGCGGUGAGUUAGAUCCUUCUUUGCUUAGUUUAACUUACUUGAAUUACUUGGACCUCAGUUGCAACAAUUUUCAAGGAAUUGCUAUUCCAAGUUUCCUAGGUUCACUCAAGAAAUUGAGGUAUCUUGACCUCUCCCAAUCAUCAUUUGGAGGAAUGGUUCCUCCUCAACUAGGGAAUCUGUCAAACUUGUUUUACCUUGAUCUGAGUCAUCUGACCACAUAUUCAUAUCCACAAAAUCCAUGGGUUUCAGAUUUUUAUUGGCUCUCUAGUCUCUCUUCCUUGCAGUACCUGAGUUUGGGAAACUUAAACCUUAGCCUGGCAACAACCAAUUGGCUACCUGCUGUUAAUAUGCUUCCUUCACUGUUAGAGUUACAUUUGCCUGACUGUGAACUUCGUAACCUCCCUCAAUCUAUUCCAUUUGUAAAUUUCACAUCACUACAGGUCCUUGAACUCUCACAUAACCACUUUAACACUUCAUUGCCUCAGUGGCUUUUCAAUAUUAGUACCCUUGUGACAGUAGUUCUCUCUCAUUCUAAAUUUACUGGCUCCACCCCGCAAAUUUCAUGGAAAAAUAACCAUUGCAGCCUGCAGACUUUAGACCUAUCAUAUAAUUCCGUAAGUAUGGAAAUACAGGAACUUAUUGAAGGUUUGUCCAGAUGCAGUAAUAGUAGCUUAAAAUUGUUAGAUGUCAAAUAUAAUAAUGUCAGGGGGUUACUGCCUGAUUCUUUGGGUUCCCUUCAAUAUUUGGAAACUCUCAGAAUCAGUCAAAAUGCACUCUUUGGUCCACUUCCAACAACAAUAGGAAACCUGUCACAUUUGCAGGUCCUCGACCUAGCAUUUAACAUGAUGAAUGGCACAAUUCCAAAAAGUAUUGGACAACUUGCACAACUAAAUUCCUUAGAUCUCUGGGGUAGUUCAUGGGAAGGCAUCAUAUCUGAAAUUCAUUUUAGCAAUCUCUCUCUCUUGACUGAUCUUUCAUUGUCGUCUACAAAUAACUCUUUGGUGUUCCACUUCAGUCAUGAGUGGAUUCCCCCUUUCCCUCUUUAUAGUCUCUCUAUCAGUGAUUGCAAACUGAUGAAUCCUAGAUUUCCCACUUGGCUCAGAAAUCAGAGUUUCCUCAAUGAAAUAACUCUCUCAACUGUGGGAAUUUCAGAUACAAUACCUGAUUGGUUUUGGGGAAAGUCACCAUAUCCUUAUUGGUGGUCGAAUGUGGAUCUCUCCAAUAACCAACUAAGAGGACAACUUCCUAAAUUGGUAAAUUUUGCUGAAGAGGCAUCUGUCAAUUUGAAUAGCAACUCCUUGGAGGGUUCCCUUCCAUUUUGGCCAAAUGUGAUUGAACUCGCUUUGGCAAGCAAUCGAUUUUCUGGACCAAUUCCCUUAAACAUUGGCCAGGAGAUGCCAAAUAUGAAUAUCCUAGAUCUUUCAAGGAAUAAUCUAAAUGGUAGCAUUCCUUCUUCCAUAAGUAAGAUGAAGAGUUUGUCUUCUCUUGAUCUCUCGAGGAAUUAUUUAUCCGGAAAUAUCCCUAGUGAUUGGAAGGGAUUACAGAGCUUGACGACCAUAGAUUUUUCCAAUAACAAUCUUUUUGGUCAAAUUCCAAGCUCCAUGUGCUCACAACUACCUUCACUUUCCUGGUUGAGGUUAAGCAAUAACAAUCUUUCCGGGGAGAUAGCACUGUCCUUGCGAAAUUGUACAAAUCUGUAUACACUUGAUCUUGGAGGGAACAAGUUCUCAGGGACCAUACCAACAUGGAUUGGAGAUGACCUACAUCUAUUUUCAUAUUUACUUCUUGGAGCCAACAUGUUCACUGGAAAUAUUCCUCAGCAAAUAUGUGGCCUCCCAGAUGUUCACGUUUUAAACCUUUCUCAAAAUAUAUUAUCAGGCUCCAUCCCUAGAUGCCUUGGUAAUUUGGAACAAAUGAAACAUCGGGUUUACUUGUUCAAGCCAUGGCCACUAACCACAUUCAUGAAUACACCUUUUCUUGAUCUUCAGCAUAUGGACUUAAAGGUGAAAAGAUUAGCUUAUGAAUAUACCAAUAAGCUCUUGCCUCUCAUAAACAGCAUUGACCUGUCAAGCAACAACCUAUCAGGAGAAAUACCAGAAGAGAUAACAAAUCUUACCUAUUUGGGUAGCUUGAUUUUAUCUCGGAACCAAUUGACAGGAAAGAUACCACAAGGCUUUGGAAGCUUAGACAAGUUAGAAACUCUUGACCUGUCGGUUAAUCAUCUUCGGGGCCCUAUUCCCAUAAGCAUGACUUCUAUGACUGCACUGAACAACUUGAACUUGUCAUACAACAACUUGUCCGGGCCAAUUCCAUCAACCAACCAAUUCCAUACUUUCAUUGAUCCAGCCAUAUAUGAAGGGAACUCAAGACUUUGUGGACCUCCAUUGCCAACCCCAUGCUCAACAUCCAAUAAUGAGGAUCCACAACCUAAAGAAGAUGCAGUUGAAGAUGAAGAUGAGUCUGGAAAGAUAUGGUUCUACGUAAGCACUGCGUUGGGAUUCAAAGUGGGAUUUUGGGCUGUUUUUGGCAGUCUAGUGAUAAAGAGGCCGUGGAGACACGCCUAUUUCCAGUUUCUUGACAAACUGAAAGUCAGGCUUCUCCUGGUAACCACAGGAAAUUGA